AUGGCACCCAUUCAGCAUUCCAACUUGGACCUCGCGAAGUGCUUCAAAGGCGAGCAGCAGCUCAUCACCUGGGAGAUCGCUUACAAUGCCCUCUGUAACCCCGAUACUGCCGCUAAAAGCCAGCCGCUGCGCGACUUCCUGACCUCCGACGAGAACGUCACCAUCCUCAGCAGCCCAUGGGCCCCGUUUCCUAAGCCCUCGCCGCAGGAAAAGAGCAAAUUCGAGUCCGCAACCGCCCCGAUCAGCGUCACGCCUGCCCAGGAUGAACACUACAACCUAAAUGAGAUUAAGGAGGACAGUCUGUGGUUAUCGAAAGAGGUUCAAAUAUCAGAAUAUGCGGCAUUGCGCCUGGCUGUGCAGGAAUGGCAAACCAGGCCAACCGUGCAGCUGCUGAGUGGAUUGACAGAGGAGGAGGUGCUGAGCGUAAAGGAAGCUGCCGGCUUGACCACCCUGGGCGCCUCCACCUACGUCCCGACCAUGUCCAUUCUCAAGGCCCCGGCAACCCUUGAGGAGCAGACUGCCUCGCAGUUCAACUCGCCUGAUCAGCGGAAAUUGAGGCUUAUCGGCAUUUAUUUUUCCACUUGCACUUCCAUCUUGAGGGUCAGCCAGCUGCUUCUGGCAUGGGGGGCCGCACGAGACCUGCGCUCCGCAAAGCCCACAUACCCCUCUGACUACCGCGUUUGCGACGACCGUUUCGAGCAGCUCGGCCAAGCUAUAGCUGACAAACAGAAUGCAAAAGCGGGUACACCUUCCGAUGCGCCUGCCCUGGACCGGUGCAUCGAUGCUCUCAAACAGAGAAUCGAAGCGCUGAACGAGGGCUGCACUUGGGAUCUUCCCGACUCAAUACAGGAUGAUGUCGAUACGCAAUGGAUAUUGGGGCAGACCACUCAGGUUGUCCACAUACUGCACCUCACUCUGUUCCACGCGGACACCAACACGAAGGACCUUACUUCCGGCUCCAGCGUCGAACUGUGGUUUGGUACACUGACUGGCGUGGGUUUCUUCAAGGAUUUUCCCAUUGAGGCUCGGGACCGUCAACUGGAGUCCGCUGCCCCUGGCUCCAGGAUGUCUCUUCCAGCACCUUCUCAGCUUGAAGAGGCGAUGCUUCACAUGACGCGAUUUGACUCAAGUGAGACACCGUUGUUUACACAGUUGGGUGCACUAUGCGUAGAACAAGAGGUUCUCUCCUUCAUGUCUGCCCUUCUCCAGAUUGGCAUGACCGAAUUUGGAUCCGCUGUUGACCAGGUAUCCCUCGACAAAUUCCGGUUGCUCUACAUCCAGGUCAUUCGUGCAGCUCUGUUCGCGGAUGCCAUAGACUUCAGUCACGAUGGGCUUGUUGACUUAGUCCAUCAGAUUCUGGUAGGCGAGAGGACUGCCCACAACUGGUCUGCACUCGACGCGCCUCGUCACGUCGAUGAUCCCGUGGUGGCAUUCGUCCGCGAGGAUCGCGCUGUACUUCGGGUCAAAUUGCUUGACUCGGCUCAGCAUUACUACCCGUUUCAAGUGGAGCCUUUGCUUCUUUUCUCAAGUGCAUUGAUCAGGGGAGAGGGCCCUAAAGAAAGUGGAGAACCCACGGCGUACGAUGACCUCAUUCAAAUGCGCUCAGUGACACAGCGAUUGCCGGCUGGCUUCGUUGACUAUCGUUUGGAACAAGAGGAGACCAAUGAAAAUCGCGUUGCACUGGCGGUAGAUCUACCGCAGUUUACCAAAUCGAGCCCGUCGAGCUUCUCCACGCAACGGCGUCCACUGGCUCCAAAUUCUGCUCCGCAACUCGAGGCCUUCAUGAUCAUCGACGAGAACACACCGGGGGUCAUUCUAGAUGACACUGCCCAACCUUAUGUUGCUCGAUGGCUGUUUCCUCACUCAGCUUUGGAAUACUUCUACCACCUUUUAUCGACGUAUGCCGUAGGAAGCACCAAGGUCGUGUACGCAACACAAGAACCUGCGUCAGCUGCCGAAGCUGCACGGAUCAUUGAACUAUUCGCCGACAUCAUGCACUCGUCGCUACAAGCUUCCAGAGCCCGAGGAGACGGUAACACUUGUCCUGUUGACGUGCUGACAGCCUUAAGUAUUGGAACCGAAUACAGUCCGGACACUGUCAGCAUUGUGCUGUCUAUCUUCGAGGAGCAAUUACUUCGGCAGUACCAAGAGCCAUCUAAUGAAGUCUCGCUCCAUCUUCUGGUUUCAUGCACGCACUUCGUCCAAGCACUGAUUGCAGUUGCCCCCAACAGGGUCUGGCCGUGGUUGGCGAGGAGCCGACUUCUACAGAGUGACGGAACCGGUGGCAGCCUAGCGAGCAUCUUGAUCGGCACCGAAAUGGUCCUUGGUAGCUACAAAUUCCUCAUGGGCUGCAUAAAUAUCUUCCAAGCGUUGGUCGUCGAUGCAGUGGGGCGCUCCGUCUCACGCAAAUCGUCCUCCUCGAACAAGGUCUUGACACGCUUCAACGCCUCAGCCGCCUCUGAAAGCGGUACUUCAGAGAAGUCUAUGACCACCACACUCCUUACAUUUGGUAAAAUGCUUGCGAGUAUCUACGAAACUUCGCUGAGUUGGAAGUAUAACUCUCCCAAAGACCGAUUGCACAUCAACAUUGGCAUAUGUGAAGCAUUCUCAUAUAUCCUCAAGAUAGCGUACAGUGUUGAUGAUGCACCCGAGUUAGGGCGGAAGUUAACCAAUAUCAUCGCACCCACUGCCAGCUAUAUCACAGAACUAUAUCUCACAAAGUCUAGGAAUGACCUUCCAACAAAUCCCAUAUUAUCCUCUCUGUUAUCCGGAACAGAUCUCCUCAAAAACACUACUUUGACGAGUGGGGCAGCCUUGUCCAAGCGCCAGACUCAAUCAACACUUCUAUUCUCAGAGAUCCUCGUACGUGUUGCGAUCUUGCUCGAAAGACCUUGGACACAUCUCGAACAGCAACUAUUCAAGGCUACUCCACUUCUGGCACGACUUUAUGUCACCAGUGAGGUGUGGAAGUCUCCAGUUGUUACGUUGCUCGAGAUCCUGGUUCACGGCGCAGUCCGCGUUGUGGAAGACCAACCACAAGAUGACAAGGAGACACCGCUCAAGCAAGAGCCCAACGAGCCUCCAUCGCUCCUUGGCCACCUUGGUCCAAAAACCGCAAAGAAUUUCAUGCUUGUCCUAUCUCAGCUGGAUGGACCGUUGAAAAUAGUUGACAUACAGAAGAAUGUUUGGAAUUUGCUCACUGCCGUAGUGACGUGCAAACAACGGUGGUUCGCGUUGUAUCUGCUCACUGGCACUACACCACGAGAGAUGGUAAAGAGUAAAUCGAAGACUAGCUCCCAAGCACCCACAAGCAAAUCCUUGCUAUCGCGAGCCUUCGACUCACUUUCGCAUCUCGAUCUCAAUCGCCAGAAUCCACCCUGGAGUUUAUGGACAGCCAUGCUGCAGUUUAUUACCUCGGCGCAGAAUCAUUGGUCAUGGGCUAUGGGAGAUCUUCGGGAAAGGAAGGAGUUCAUCCAGCAGAUUAUCGCAUUUCUAAAGUGGAUAUCAAACCAACCUCCGCCGAAAGCAGAGGAAGCCAUUGAGAAUCGUUCUUUGGAGAAUGAAUUCGCCUCCCUGGCUGCCGAGAUCCUGGCCAUGCAUCUGCACGCCGCGCGGCAAUCAGGCGAUAACGCAUCAGUCAAAGAUAUAUUUGGCGCGCUGGCUUACUACGAUGAAGAGGCCUUGAAGCUGCCCCCAUACAAUGUUGCCCUACACGCGAAUCUUCAGAAAAAUGUCGAAAAGAAAUUUCCUGGAGUCAGGCUUGCCAACUUUAAGCGUACAACUUUGCAGCCCUCGACCUACGGACCUAGCUUUUUCUAUGAUAUCGACAUCGCAUCAUCACUGCUUGAUUUCGACGGCAAGUGGUUAGGACCUAAAUUUGGUCAAGGAUUCAAAGCUGAGGUUGAGCGAGCCAACAGAAAUCUCAGCCUUGUCGACUCCCACGUCAAGCUUCUAAGCAGUUGGAGAUUGCUUUCCCUAGAGCUCGGUCACUUCGCCGCGAAAGACCCGCGCAUCACCACUUGCUUGAUCCAGGUGACCAAUCAAUGCAUGAAGGCAAAUGCAGACUCUAGUCUUCCUGAAGCUCUCUUUGGACAGCUGAUGGUCUUGCGAGCCGAUCUUGCCUUCGCAUUACUCAAGAGACUUGUCGAAGAUAAAGUGAGGUCUGAAGAGGCGCGGCAGCUGCUGGGUACGGUUUGGGCGGCCGUUCGGGCGGCUACAGCCGAUUUUGAUGAUAUCUUUUCUAGCGAAGAGGUGGAUUACUACCGCACGCUACUCCGGAUAUUGUACCUUACGCUUCACUUCUACCUCAUUGAACCGUCCGAUAAGGUCGACCCCAGAGAAGAAUCUUUCCGCUCAAGCUUCCGCGGCACUAUCGUGCAGCCCAAAAGCAAAGACGAGGCUCCCAUCAACAUUUCUCUCGAACUCCUGGAAAUCCUGUCCGACACCGUUGCCAAAGGCUUCCGCAGCCUCGCAACCCAACUUCACAACGACCCCUCUUCCGUCUCCCCCUCCGACUUUGCCCUCCUUACUGCCCUCCUCCAACGCAUUAUCGCCAUCCCUGAAAUGGCCACCUCCUACUCCCAAAUCACACUCCUCUUCGCCAACAGCAACACCGUACGCUACGCCUCCUCUCUUUUCUCCUGGUCCGACCGCCUCACCCUCGACACCCCGUCGAACGGCACCACCCCCGACCCCAUCUACGGUGAACUUUCCCUCCUCUUCAUCCUCUCCCUCUCUUCCGUCCGCGGCCUCGCCGAAUCCAUGGCCGUCGAAGGUAUCCUCUCGCAACUCAACAACGCAAAUCUGAUGAACUACUUCCGCCGCCCCGGCGGCAUGGGGCCUUUCGACGCUCCCGUGCGCAUGCAUUCCAUCUGGACGAAGGGCAUCCUCCCGCUGUGUCUCAAUCUCUUGCUCUCCGUGGGCGCGCCUAUCGCCGCGGAGGUUAGCAGCUUCUUGAAUGCGUUCCCGGAGCAGUUGCAGCGCAGUUCGAAUGCGCUGAAUAGCAGGUACGUGGGGAAGAUUACGUUGAACUUGGCGAGUGAGACACAUAGUCUUGCUCUUAUCAGCAGCAUCAUAGAUGGCGUUAAGGCUGCGGGCGUUAGAGAGGGGGUUCAACCGGGUGAUGUGAGCCCGCUGGAUUGGGACAAGGAGAAUAUGAAAGAAGACAUUGAGGGAUGGAUGGGAAGAAUGGGCGCCUUAAGGGAGAGGGUUGUCGGCGAUGGAACGCAGGUCUAUGAAGAUAAGGUGGUGGCUGAGAUUGAGGCUGCGGGUUUGUGUUUGGGACUAGGGAAGGGUGGGUCGUAG